UUAUAUAUUUUUAUUUCGAAAAAAUAUGGCCGAGAACGUUCUGGACUCUGGCCCGCCUUCAGCCAAGAGGCCUAAACUCUCCUCUCCGGCACUUUCCGUAUUCGCCAGCGAUGGAAAUGAUUUCAGCUCACUGUUUGACUUGGAGCAUGAUCUCCCAGACGAGCUCAUCAGCUCUAAUGAACCGGGCCUGGUCAAUGGUGGGGACCUCAACCAGCUGCACACCACCCUGGGAGGAGGAGCUGCAGGGCUGGGGCCCGGAGGAGGCAGUGGAGGGGCAGGUGGAAUGGGUCUUGGGCUUGGCCCUGGAGGGGGUCCUGGGGGUGUUGGCGGAGGCCAGGAUGCAGUGGCCAAGCACAAACAGCUGUCCGAGCUUUUGCGCUCAGGGGCACCCACCUCAACCCAACAAGGGCACCAAGGAGCCAUGGGCAGCCCAGGAGGCCCCAAUGCCAUGGGGCAACACUUGGCAAACAUGAAAGCAUCCCCUGGCCAGGGAUCUCAGCAAAUGAUGGGCCAGGGGCAGCAGCAGCACCUCUCCCCUCAACAGCAAGCCAGCAUGAUGCAGCAGCAACAGAAUGCUGCAGCUGGAAUGAUGGAUGGCAUGAACAGGGCCAUGAUGGGAGCACAGCAGAAAGGCAAUAAUGGACAGCAGCAGCCAGGAAUGAUUGGGAACCAGGUGAUGAAUGGCUCCCCCAGGAUGGGCUUUGGGAAUCAGGGGAUGGGUGGCAACAGCCACCUGUUGGCUGAGACCCAACAGCAGGGAGCUGGGGGCCAGGCCGGGAUGAGGGGCCAGCAGCCUGGAGCAUUGAACAAGAUGGGGAUGAUGGGGAACCCAGGAGGCCCUUUUGGAGGUCCGUAUGCAGGGCAGGGGAAUCAAGGUCUGGGAGGCGCAGGGCUGGGCCCUCAGCUCCAGAACAAAGGUCCCAUGGCCAACAGCCUGGCCCAGUUCAGUGUGGACAAGAAGAACCAGCCAAUGCAAGGAAUGGCUGCUAUGGGCUCCCAGCAAUCACAGUCAGGCGUCGGCGUCCCCUCUGGUGCACCUGUGGGAGGGGCCCCAGGGAUGGUGCCCAACACUCAGGCAGGUCUAGUGGGUCCUGGAACACAGGUUUCUGCAGCAUCUGCUGCAGCUGGUGCACCACCCACAGCUGACCCUGAGAAGCGCAAGCUAAUCCAGCAGCAACUGGUACUCCUGCUUCAUGCACACAAGUGCCAACGGAGAGAACAGGCCAACGGUGAAGUCCGACAGUGUAACCUGCCCCACUGCCGCACUAUGAAGAACGUUCUCAACCACAUGACUCACUGCCAGGCUGGCAAGUCCUGUCAGGUUGCUCACUGUGCAUCAUCAAGGCAGAUCAUCUCUCAUUGGAAGAACUGCACACGACAUGACUGUCCUGUCUGUUUGCCACUGAAGAAUGCUGGGGACAAGAGGAACCCGCAGUGUGAGUCCCUACUUGGUGGGGCCGGUGCAGGUUUGGGCAGCUCUCUUGGGGCCGUACCUGGUGGCCAACCCAGUGCUCCCAACCUCAACCCGCCGAGCCAGAUUGACCCCAGCUCCAUAGAAAGAGCUUAUGCAGCUCUGGGCCUCACUUACCAGGGCAACCAGAUCCAAGCUCAGACUGCCCAGCCCAGUAUGCCCAACCAAGGCAUGCAAGGCCAGGCUGGCAUGAGACCUUUGAAUCCAAUGGGUGCAAAUCCUAUGGGAGUCAAUGGAGGUGUGGGAGCUCCACCUCAGAACCAACAAGCCAACCUGCUACAGGAUACCAUGAUGCACCUGAAUGUGAACAACCAAGGUCUGAUGAAUGAUGCUGGUGGGGUCGGCUCCUUGCCCACAGCAGCCCCUCCCUCUGCCACAGGCAUGAGGAAAAGCUGGCAUGAGGACAUCACGCAGGACCUACGAAACCACUUGGUACACAAACUUGUUCAGGCCAUUUUUCCAACUCCAGAUCCUGCUGCCCUCAAGGACCGUCGAAUGGAGAACCUGGUGGCCUAUGCCAGAAAAGUUGAGGGAGACAUGUAUGAGUCAGCCAACAGUAGAGCUGAGUACUAUCACCUGCUAGCAGAGAAGAUCUAUAAGAUUCAGAAGGAGCUGGAGGAGAAGAGGAGGACACGGCUCCAGAAGCAGGGUCUGGGCCUCGGGCCUGCCAGCAUGGGUCAGCCUCCCACUGGACUGCCUCCAAACGGUCCCCUCCCUGACUCAUCUAUGGUGCGACCAGCUGGACCAAAUCAGAUAGUCAACAGGAUGCAAGGCCCAGGUAUGAAUCAGUUCAAUCAGAUAGGGAUGCAGUCUAUGGGCCAGAGGUCUACGCCUCCUCUCCCCAUGGGAGCAUCUGGCAACCAGAUGGGAAUGGUUGGAUCCAGGAUGGGACAGCCCAAUGUCAAUCAGAUACAGAGCCAGUAUCUGUCCCAGGGACAAUUUCCUGGCUCAGGACCAGGUGUUGGUACAGCUCAGCCUGGGAUGACCCAGCCCGGAGUACAGACAGGCAUGGCGCAGACGCAGAUUGGCACUCCUCCUUCUCUUCCAGUUGCUAGUCCUCUAGCGCAACCAGGUUCAGCUGGCGGUCCCAGUGGUGUUUCUACAGUGGGGCCAAUGGGUCCCCAAAGCGUGGGUGGCGGAGGUCCCAACUCAGCUGUUGGAGCCCCGCCUUCCUCAAUGACUCCAUCUAACACGAACCAGCAACCCAACUCCAUCCCCCAUUUGGGAGCCAUGCGUGGCAGCUCGCCCUCCCCUGCUCACAGCCGAUCCCCUACCCCUCACCAAACACCCCCCAGACUAGCUGGGUCCCAGACCCCUCAGCCACACACCCCUAAUGCACCACAGCUGGCUCCACCUCAAGCCCCCCAGCAAAACCAGCUUGGCCAGGGCCCAGGCUCUAACAAGUCCCUCCAACAGCAGCAUAUAGGGUCAGCUGGUUCGACCACUCCAUCUCACCCUGGACUGGCCUCCAGCUCAACGCCGCAUGGUGCUCAGCUGCCGCGCACUCCGUUGUCCCAAAAGGGUUCAUUCCCAGCAGACAGUCAGGCCCUGACUCCAGCCUCUGUCAGCAGCCUGGACACUUCCUCCCAGCAGCCACAGUCGGACACCUCAGCCGCCAACCUUGACCCCAAGAUGGAGGUCAAGCAGCAGGAUGAGGAGGAGGAGAGUGACGCCGGCAGCUGCUCCAAAGGAGGGAAGCUGAGCAACCUCAAAACGGAGGAAAAGCCUGUGAAAUCAGAGCUGAAAAGAGAGGACUGUUCUGGAGAAGGGGGUAAAGGUGUUCCCAUGGAUACAUCAACAACAGUGCUGGCAUCCAGUGUCAAGACGGAAGACAGGAAACCGGAGGUGAAGAAGGAGGUGAAAGAGGAAGAGGAGACAUCAGAGGCAUCUGUACCACAGGCCCCAGUGAAAAAGAAGAUCUUCAAGCCAGAGGAGCUUCGUCAGGCCCUGAUGCCUACUCUCGAAUCUCUCUACAGACAAGAUCCAGAGUCUCUGCCCUUCAGAAUGCCUGUUGACCCACAACUGCUGUGCAUACCUGACUACUUUGACAUUGUGAAGAACCCCAUGGACUUAUCAACUAUCAAGCGAAAGCUGGACACUGGUCAGUACCAGGAUCCCUGGCAGUACGUGGAUGACAUUUGGCUGAUGUUCAACAACGCGUGGCUGUACAACCGCAAAACAUCCCGAGUGUACAAAUACUGUUCCAAGCUGGCUGAGGUUUUUGAGCAGGAGAUUGACCCUGUCAUGCAGAGCCUUGGCUACUGUUGUGGCAGGAAGUUGGAGUUCUCUCCUCAGACACUGUGCUGCUAUGGAAAGCAGCUAUGCACUAUUCCCCGAGACGCUGCUUACUUCAGCUACCAGAACAGUUCACCAAAAUUUGGGCUUCUUGCUGACAGGUACCACUUCUGUGAGAAGUGUUUCAACGAGAUCCAGGGGGAGACUGUUUCCCUGGGUGACGAUCCCACCCAGCCACAGGCAUCGAUAAACAAGGAUCAGUUUGAGAAGAAGAAGAAUGACACACUGGACCCUGAACUGCUUGUUGAAUGUAUGGACUGUGGGCGCAGGAUGCACCAGAUUUGUGUCCUGCACAAUGACACAAUCUGGCCAUUGGGUUUUGUGUGUGAUGGCUGCUUAAAAAAGACAAAUAAGACAAGGAAAGAGAACAAGUAUUCUGCCAAAAGGUUGCCCCAGACAAAGUUGGGCAGUUUCCUGGAGACAAGGGUGAAUGACUUCUUGAAGCGUCAGAGCCACCCAGAGUCUGGAGAAGUCUUCAUUCGUGUCGUCCAUGUCUCUGAUAAAGUGGUGGAGGUUAAACCAGGCAUGAAGUCCAGAUUUGUGGACAGUGGAGAGAUGUCAGAGUCUUUCCCAUACAGGACAAAAGCCCUUUUUGCAUUUGAGGACAUUGACGGAGCAGAUGUCUGCUUCUUUGGUAUGCAUGUACAAGAGUACGGAUCUGACUGCCCUCAGCCCAACCAGAGGCGAGUAUAUAUCUCCUACCUGGACAGUGUACACUUCUUCCGGCCUCGCUCUCUUAGAACAGCAGUUUACCAUGAAAUCCUCAUCGGGUACUUGGAAUAUGUGAAGAAGUUGGGCUACACCACUGGCCACAUCUGGGCAUGCCCACCUAGUGAAGGGGAUGACUACAUCUUCCACUGUCACCCUGCAGAUCAGAAGAUUCCAAAGCCCAAACGCCUUCAGGAAUGGUACAAGAAGAUGUUAGACAAAGCUGUGGCAGAGCGGAUAGUGCACGACUACAAGGAUAUCUUCAAGCAGGCAACAGAGGAUCGUUUGACCAGUGCCAAGGAAUUGCCUUACUUUGAGGGUGACUUUUGGCCCAAUGUACUGGAGGAGAGCAUCAAAGAGCUGGAGCAGGAGGAGGAGGAGAGGAAAAGAGAGGAGAACAGCACUUCCAAUGAGAGUAUUGACGAUACAAAAGGUGACAGUAAGAAUGCGAAGAAGAAGAACAACAAGAAGACAAGUAAGAACAAGAGCAGCCUGAGCCGAGCCAAUAAGAAGAAGCCAGGGAUGCCCAAUGUCUCCAAUGACCUUUCACAGAAACUCUAUGCCACUAUGGAAAAACACAAAGAGGUGUUCUUUGUGAUCAGGCUGAUCGCAGGCCCCAUGGCAAAUGCCUUGCCCCCUAUUGCAGACCCGGAUCCCCUGAUGGCAUGUGACCUCAUGGAUGGCCGUGAUGCUUUCCUGACAUUGGCUCGGGAUAAACACCUGGAGUUCAGCUCGCUGAGGAGGUCGAAAUGGAGCUCCAUGUGCAUGUUGGUGGAGUUGCAUAACCAAAGCCAGGAUCGCUUUGUCUACACUUGUAAUGAGUGCAAGCACCACGUGGAGACCCGUUUCCACUGUACCGUCUGUGAGGAUUACGACCUCUGCAUCACAUGUUACAACACUAAGGGCCAUGAGCACAAGAUGGAGAAAUUAGGCCUCGGUUUGGAUGAUGAGAGCAGCAACCAGGCUGCCGCUACCACUCAGAGCCCUGGAGACUCUCGUCGCCUGAGCAUCCAGCGCUGCAUCCAGUCCCUCGUCCAUGCCUGCCAGUGUCGAAACGCAAACUGCUCUCUGCCGUCCUGCCAGAAGAUGAAACGUGUUGUUCAGCACACAAAAGGCUGCAAAAGAAAAACAAACGGUGGCUGCCCCAUCUGUAAGCAGCUUAUCGCGCUGUGUUGCUAUCACGCUAAGCACUGUCAGGAGAACAAAUGCCCAGUCCCGUUCUGCCUAAACAUCAAGCAGAAGCUCCGCCAGCAGCAGUUGCAGCACAGGCUCCAGCAAGCGCAGAUGCUAAGGAGGAGGAUGGCCAGCAUGCAGAGAGUGGGCCAGCCGACUCCUGGAGGAGCUCCUGGGGGCAAUGGCCUGCCUUCUCCAGGAGCCAACAAUGGAGCAACUGGUCCUGGUACCCCUACAUCUGUGGGCACGCAGCCUCCCACCCCACAGACACCCACCCAGGGGAACAUGUCUGUACUUACUCAGCAGCAGGGAGUUGGGAUGGGAGGAAUGGGAACCCCAGGCCAGCAACAGCAGGUUCAACAGCAAGGUGGUGCCAUGCCCCCUCAACACCAUCUUCAUCAGUUUCAGCCAGUGGGUGGAGGAGGUGGAGGGGGGAUGAUGAACUCUCCUCAGCAGCAGAUGGUGCCUCAGCUUCAGCAGCAGCCUCCCAGUGUACAGCAACUCCAGCAGCAGCAGCAGCAUCCUGGUGGGUUGCCUCCAUACAACCCCAGACCACCUGGAGCCUCUCCUCUCCACCAGUCUCUGGGGAAACCUGGACUAGGUCCAGCCACCCCACCGCAGCAACAACCCAACCAGGUCCAGGGGUCAAUGCCUGUGCAAGGCCAACAGCAAGGUCCCCCUUUGGCUGCUGUAGAGACAGCCUUAAAAAUCCAGCGCCUAGCAGAGACCCAGAGACAGAUGGCCCAGGCCCAAGCACAGAUCCGUGGCUUGGGACAGGGGGGCAUGAUACCCCCACAUCCUCACCACCAGAACGCCCAGGCCCAGAUGGGCAUGCCCCAUAUUGGGGCCCAGGGCAUGCCCCCCCAGGCUCAGGGAGUUGUUGGCAGGACUAUGUUAGACCCACAGCAACAGGGAAUGCUAGCAGGGAUGCAGCAAGGUGGCCCUCAGUCGCAGUUGCCCCCUCAAGUUCAGCAGCAGCUCCAGCAAGUCCAGCAGGCAGGUGGUGGACAACUUCAGCCAACAAACCAGCAGUGGGGUGCUGGGGGACCAGCCAUGAACCCUCAACAACGGCCUGGCAUGAUGGGUCACAUGGCAUCGCAGCAGCAGCCAGCAGCUGCUCAGCAACAGCAGCCGAUGAAUCAGCAGCAACCUCAACCAGUAAACCGGGGGAUGAUGCAGGUAAUAGCAGGGGCACCGAAUCCAAUAACAGGUGCAGCAGGAUCAGGAAACCUACCCCAGGGAGCACUACAAGACCUCCUGCGAACUCUGCGUUCCCCAAGCUCACCCCAUCAACAGCAGCAAGUCCUCAACAUCCUUCGUUCCCACCCAACCCUUAUGGCUGCUUUUAUCAGACAAAGAACAGCCAGGUAUCAGGGUAAUCAGGGUGGUGCUGGAGGAGCAGGAGGGCCUCCACAAGGGGGCCCUGGAGGUGUGAGGUUCCAAGGGGCUGCUGGAGGACUGCCUGGUGUAGGAGGGCCUGGGGCUAACCAGCUUGCUAGUAUGGAUGGACAACAGCAGGUUAAUGUGAACCAGGCAGGCCAGCCAGGGAUGAACAUGGUUCAGGGUGGAGCAGGGGGAGGGAAUAUGCCCACCAUGGCUCAGCUUCAGCAGCUGCAACAGCAGCAACAACAGCGCCCAAUGUUGCCUGGGAAUCUACAGCAACAGCAAAUGGCUGCAUUGCAACAGCAGCAACAGGGAGCAAUGCAAGCAGGGCAACAAGGCAACAUGACCAACAUGACUACACAGUUCAGAGAAAUGUAUAUGAGAAGACACCUGCAGCAGCAGCAACAGCAGCAGCAGAUGGGAAACCACGGGCAGUUCCAGCAUCCUCAAGGACUCCAGCAGCAGCAGCAAGGCCAGCAAGGCUUCAUACAGCCUGGCCAGGGACAACCAGGAAUACCCUCCUCUUCCCAACCCCAGCCAGGGGGUGGGGGAGUAGGGGGUCCCCAGCAGCAGCAGCAAGGAGGACCACAGGGUGGGCCAGGACAGCCAGGCCAGCAGCAGGGCUACCCCAGCUCCAUGUCACAAGUAGCUGCAGUGCUCCAGCAAAGGAUCCAGCUGCAGAUGCAGCAGCAGCAACAGCAGCAGCAGCAACAGCAGCAGCAGCAGCAGCAGCAGCAGCAGCAGCAGCAGCAGCAGCAGCAGCAGCAACAGCAGCAACAGCAGCAGCAAAAUUCAAUGGGUGGGCUUCAAGGACAAGAUGGAGGGCCUGGUGGAGGUGCCGGGGGACCAGGAGGACCUCCGCUUCAGGCUGGACAAGUGGGACCGGGGCAGGGACAACAACAGCAAGGUGGAGUUAGCGGAGGGGGUGGUGGGCCCCCACUGCCGCAAACGUCCCAAGGCAUGCUUCACCAAAACAUCCACCAGAGGCUCCUGCAGCAGCAGCACCUUGGUGGGGGCUCUCCAGCUCAGCACAGCAGUCCCAUGAGCCCCCAGCAGCAAAUGGCUCAGUCCCCCCACCAUCUCCAAGGACAAGGAGGACAUGGUCCCGCAGGUUCGCUCAGUAGUCAGGUCAGGUCACCUCAGCCCUCACCAAGACCGCAGUCGCAGCCCCCGCACUCCAGCCCGUCCCCACGCAUGCAGCCCUCCUCCCAACCUCAGCCCCAGCCCUCACCUCAUCGCAUCUCUCCGCAGACCCAGACUGGCUCACCCCACCCAGGCCACUUAAACCAACAUCACCCCAGCAUGGCGCCGCCCCAACCUCCACAACCCCAGCAGCAAGUGUUGUCUCAGCAGCAGCCAGGUGGUUCUGUAGAUCCUGGUCAGUUCAGCUCAGACCAGAACUCCAUCAUGUCCCAGUUGAGUGGGAUGACAGGGAUGCACGGUGGACAGGGGGGACAGUCGGACAUGUUGGGUGGGAAUAAUAACAACAGCACCAACAACAACCAGGAGCUGGGAACGAACAUAAACCACAACAGUUUAGACCUUAUGUAGCCUUGACUCCAUAUUGUCUUUCUGUCUUGAUGCUCUGACGAGUUGCCCCAAACGACAAACUGCCAUGAAAGGAGAGCGAGGCGGGACUACGGCUUUGUGGUUUUAGAAGUUUUUAUUUUUUAUUUAAAUAUUUUUGUGAUGUAUAAAUAAGAACUGAAGCUUCCUUCCUAUGGGAGAUGCAACAUAAAUCUUAGAAGUCAAUAAAUGAAUAAAUUAAAACAAUGGUAAGUUAUUGCUGUUAAUAUAUACCUAUAUAUUUUUGCCAAUUGUGUACAAAAAGGUGGAAGGGCAGUGUUUCAGGUUGAAGAUAUUUCUUCCUUAAGUCUAUGACAAUAUUUUUGGGGACUGAGAAUUUUGCCUUUUUAUGAAUAUUUUUAAGAUUUUAAAUGUGGCUAAAAAUUAAAGUGAGUUGACACGAUGUACCUUUUUUUUAUUAUUUUGUUUUCCUCCUCAACUACCCAGUCAUGAUUGUAUCUAUUUUGCAGAGAGUAAGUAUAUUUUAUUUCUGAAUAAUUUUUUUUUUUCCCUCAGUGGAUCAUAAAACAAGCAACAACAUAUCUUCCGUUACAGUCUUCUUUCAGAGCAAUGUACAUUUUACAACUGCAACAAUUCACAUACAAAGAAUUAACUUUAUUUGAUGGGUGGGUGGAGGGGUGCGUUAAAUGCAGUUUGAAUUUGACAGCUUUCUUUUUUUCUUUUUCUUUUUUUUUUUUUUUUUUUUCUGCCAGGGUCUGUAGGUUUGCAAAAACCUUAAACCUUAACAGUGUUUUGGAGAGCUGGUGACACUGACAGUGGCUUUGGUCAUAUUUUUCUGCAAACAGUGGCCAGAUCUGCAGAGCAGACAGAGAUCUUUUUACCCAUGGGCCACCUCUCCACCCUCCAUCUUCAGUCCUCCUAUGAAUGUGCACACCUCCCUUACCCUGACCCCAACCCAAAAAAAUGGAGGGAUGAACUGUUGAUGCCUGAUCGUCUAGCUGGAGGCGUAUUGUACCUCUGUUUUUGGCUGGCCAAUGUUAAAUAGGUUGUGCGUGUACAUAUAUUAAAACCUUGUUUAUGAACUGUGACAUGGAGAAGAGGUCGAUAAAGUUGUGUUUUUGGGCUGCAGACGUGUGAGAAAAUCCUGCCUGUAUCCUCAACCCCGAAAAUUUCCCUUUCAGUAGUCUUUUCUGUCUUUCCCCUUUUGUUCCUUAUCCUCAUGACUGCCUCUCAGCCACAAGGUUUGAUUCAAUGUUAGUACUGUACAAAGUAAGAAAUGGUGGACUUAGAUACUGUUUUUUUGUAAUGAAAGUGAAAGGUGUAAAAAAAACAAAACAAAAAAAAACAACAAAAAAAAAACAACCUGUACAUACUUUAAAACCUUAUGAGCAGAUAAGUUAUUUUCUGCUGCUUUGUUUCCCCUCUCGUUUUGAUUGGAUAUUUGCUGUAUCUGUAAAAAAACAAACAAAAAAAACAAACAAAAAAAUAUCUACAAAAGUACUCCUGAGCUACUGUACAGUAUUGAGAUUUUUUCUAAAAGGUACAGUAUGGGGUGUAGUAGGUCACAAGCACCAAUGCGCCUUUUUCUGUGUAUUUUUGACAAGGUUUGGGGAGGGUGGGGUUAUUGCAACAAGUCACACACCUGAACAAUCUCAAAACUUAAGACGUGAAACCUGCACCAAGAGCCGAGUCAGGGGUUGAUUAGGGGUGUGAUCUGAAUGAGUUUAAAUUUGGUCAUUUAGCUUUUUAUUGAGAGGACUGAAGACACAAUAUUCACAUGCUCACUAUUUUUCUCAAAAGUUUGGGCUUGCCGGGUAUGGGGAGGGAAUGCAUCAGAACCAGGUGGCAAUAUAUCUUGAGACUUAUUUUAUAAGAAAAAACAAGGAAAAACUGUCUUUUAUAUAUAGAUAUAUUAUUUAAUUUUAUUUUUUGGAAAUAAAACUUGAAGCUACAGGAAUUAUUAGAUAAAACAUGUUUUGUUUUGUAUUAAAGAUGUUAUGGUGAUGCAAAAAGACACUGCAGACAGUCAUUCAGUUUGCCCCGGGGAGGCCGUGGAGUAUAUUAUACCAUCCUUUUGAAGAAAUGUUUCAUGUACAUGAAUAUAGUUGUAAACAUACUGAAUCACUGUACAAACUGAUGGCAACUGAACAAAUAGUUUUGUUUUUAUCAUUUCUUUUCCUAAAAAGAGACUGGAAAUAAGACUAUUUAAAUAUUUGUUUAGUAUUCAAAUGGAAUCUUUGACCACUUUUUCGUUCCUUUUGUUAACAAUUUUGGUGCUUGCUGAGAGAAAGCAAAAAUAACUGUUGCUCCAUUUUCAUUAGUUUCUUUUUUUAAGUUAUUUUGGUGGUCUGAUUGUUUUUUGCCAAUAAAUUAAU